GAGUGUUCCUCCCCCGCCUCCGGCUGUUCCCGGCGUGUUCCCGGGCGGCCCCCGCCGCUCUCGCCCCCACCAUGCCGGUGGCGGCCGCCGUCCCCCUGAUCAGCUCCGUGCAGAAGCUGGUGCUGUACGAGACCAGGGCUAGGUAUUUUCUGGUUGGAAGUAAUCCUGCAGAAACCAAAUACCGUGUUUUGAAAAUAGAUCGCACUGAACCAAAGGAUUUGGUUGUGAUUGAUGAUAAGCAUGUUUAUACACAACAAGAGGUGAGGGAACUUCUGGGUCGUUUAGACCUGGGGAACAGAACCAAGAUGGGGCAGAAGGGCUCUUCUGGGUUAUCUCGAGCUGUGUCUGCUUUUGGUAUAGUAGGUUUUGUCAGGUUUUUAGAAGGCUAUUACAUUGUGUUAAUAACAAAAAGAAGAAAAAUGGCAGAUAUUGGAGGUCAUGCAAUAUAUAAAAUAGAAGAUACAAAUAUGAUCUACAUUCCAAAUGACUCUGUAAGAAUCAGUCAUCCUGAUGAGGCCAGGUAUCUGAGAAUCUUUCAAAAUGUGGACCUUUCUAGCAACUUCUAUUUUAGUUACAGCUACGAUCUGUCUCACUCCCUUCAGUAUAAUCUUACUGUCCUGAGAAUGCCACUUGAGAUAUUAAAAACUGAAACAACCCAGACCCGACAAGAGAGUUUUGAUAUAUUUGAAGAUGAAGGACUUUCAACACAGGGUGGAAGUGGUGUAUUUGGGAUUUGCAGUAAGCCUUACGAGAAGUACGUGUGGAACGCCAAGCUUCUGGAAGCAGUCAGAAGUGCUGUUCAUCGUGACUGGCUGCUGUAUAUUAUUCAUGGAUUCUGUGGGCAAUCAAAACUGUUAAUAUAUGGCCGCCCUGUAUAUGUCACUCUGAUAGCCAGAAGAUCAAGCAAAUUUGCUGGAACACGUUUUCUGAAACGAGGAGCAAACUGUGAGGGAGAUGUUGCUAAUGAAGUGGAAACUGAACAAAUACUUUAUGAUGCUUCAGUUAUGUCAUUUUCUGCGGGGAGUUAUUCUUCCUAUGUUCAGGUUCGAGGGUCUGUCCCUCUGUACUGGUCUCAAGAUAUUUCAACUAUGAUGCCUAAACCACCUAUAACACUGGACCAAGCAGAUCCUUAUGCACACGUUGCUGCUCUUCAUUUUGACCAAAUGCUUCAGAGAUUUGGCUCUCCCAUUAUUAUAUUGAAUCUUGUGAAGGAACGUGAAAAAAGAAAGCAUGAAAGGAUUCUCAGUGAAGAACUUGUUGCUGCUGUGACAUAUCUCAACCAGUUCUUACCCCCAGAGCAUGCAAUUAUAUAUAUACCCUGGGAUAUGGCCAAAUACACUAAAAGCAAACUUUGCAAUGUCCUUGACAGACUGAAUGUGAUUGCAGAGAGUGUAGUGAAGAAGACUGGAUUUUUUGUAAAUCGACCAGAUUCUUACUGCAGUAUCUUGCGUCCAGAUGAAAAGUGGAAUGAACUGGGAGGUUGUGUUGUUUCCACUGGUCGCUUGCAGACUGGAGUCCUUCGAACCAACUGUGUGGACUGUUUAGAUCGCACUAACACAGCCCAGUUUAUGGUGGGGAAAUGUGCUUUGGCCUACCAGUUGUAUUCAUUGGGACUGAUUGAUAAACCAAAUUUACAAUUUGAUACAGAUGCUGUGAGAUUAUUUGAAGAAUUAUAUGAAGAUCAUGGGGACACACUUUCUCUGCAGUAUGGAGGCUCUCAGCUUGUCCACAGAGUAAAAACCUACAGAAAGAUUGCUCCAUGGACUCAGCAUUCCAAAGAUAUUAUGCAAACACUCUCAAGAUACUACAGUAAUGCUUUCUCAGAUGCAGACAGGCAGGAUUCUAUCAAUCUCUUUCUGGGAGUGUUCAAGCCUGCAGAAGGAAAGCCACAUCUCUGGGAACUUCCCACUGAUUUUUAUUUGCAUCACAAGAACUCCCUCAGUCUGUCACACACCAGGCAAAGCUACACUUACUGGUGGACUACAGGUGUGCUAAAGCAUUUACCUCUUCCUUUUGAUGAAGUGACAUGUGCUGAAAACAGACGCAAGUUGACAGUGAAGAAAUUCCACAAAUAUGAUGAGGAAAUUGAUAUACACAAUGAGUUCUUUAGGCCAUAUGAGUUGAGCAGUUUUGAUGAGACCUUCUGCUUGGCAAUGACCAAUUCUACAAGAGAUUUUAUGCCUAAGAAUGUGGGCAUUGAUCCAAGUCCAUUCACUGUUCGUAAACCUGAUGAAACUGGAAAAUCUGUGUUGGGGAACAAAAAUAAUAGAGAAGAAACUGUGCUGCAGCGCAAAACAGCUGCUAGUGCUCCUCCACCCCCAAGUGAGGAAGCAGUGUCAAGUAGUUCUGAAGAUGAUUCUGGGACAGAUAAAGAAGAUGAAGGUGCAGUUUCUCAACGUUCAACUCCUGUAAAGGUGACUGAUACAGGAGACAAUACAAAAAUCACAGAGAAUGUAGUACAAGCAACAAAAGACGUGUAUGGAGUCAAUCUUUCAGAUAUCCCUAAAGAAGAUGAUCUUGCAAUAUAUGAAAGGUUUGUUCAGCUGGGACAGGGUCAGCAUAAACAAGACAAGGGCAGCCAGCAAUUUUGUUCAAAACACCCCUUGGAUAAGGUCAUAAAUUUAAAACCCAUCUCCUCCUUUUCUCAAGACAAUAUUUAUGAAGUCCAGCCUCCAAGAACUGAUAGGAAAUCAAUAGAGAUUUUCCACGCACACAUUCAGGCUGGAAGAGGAAACAUGCAGCCCCUGGGAAGAGAUGACCUCCUCAUGUACAGAGAGUACAUUCGAAACAGAUACAUGUAAAUCCAAGCUGGAUUCUCCUGCCAAAUCCACUGGACUGAUAAGUCACAAAAAUAGUUUUAGAAAGGAAAUCUAGUUUUGUUCUUUUGCAGUAAUGAAUUUGUUACUAACUUUUCUAUUUAUUGUUCUUUACUGUUACCCAUUUAUUGUAUUGUGCUUUAGGGAGAAAGGUGGGUUAAUGUCUGAUUUAAAAGGUUAUUUAAUAUCUUUUUAGCUGAAAGUGUGUCCUAAGACACUAAGUGAAUAAUCAGAGCACUCAGAUGUAGCAAUUUGUGGCAAAGAAAAUAUGGCAUCUUUAACUUUUUUAUAUUAAUUUCUUACAUUGUUAUGUUUGCUAAUAAAACUGAAGUGAAUUGUACACAAGAGCAGAAGAGAAGUUUUCUUCCUCUUUCUUGCCUGACAGAAAACAGUCUUCUUUUACAGCAGAAUAUUUUCUGAUAUUUCUUGAGGUUUUUAGCAAAGUAAGUGCUAGAAUGACUGCUUGCAAUUUUCUGCUUUCUUAAGCAAAAGUGAAAAAUAUGUCACUUAUGUCAAAAUCAAAAUUUGCACCAACACCAAUAAACUUUGUAACCCUAA